AUGGUCGAGGAUGGAUAUUCCUAUAAUCAUGAUAAAGCUUGUGUAACCAUAUUUACUGCCCCCAAUUACUGUUACAGAUGUGGUAAUUUAGCUGCAUUUAUGAAUAUGAAUGGCACUAGCAAUUACCAAUUAACCCAAUUUGAACCAUCACCUGAAAACGAACCCGAGUUAAUGAAAAGUUUCUCUGAUUAUUUUACGUUUUAA